AGACCACUUCCAUCAUCAUCCUCUUCAUCACCAUCAUCAGCAGUCAUGUUCUCUCGUUCUCUCCUGCUGGUUCUGCUGGUUCUUGCCUGCCUUCAGUCCAUCACGACGGCUGAGAGUGAAAAUGGACCGACUCAGUGCUGUGUCAGAUUUCAGGCAAAGCAAAUCCCUGUGAGAGUCAUAACUGCGUAUCACAAAACAGAGCUUCAGUGUCCAAAACCUGGAGUCAUCUUUACCCUGAAGAACGGUCAUCAGCUGUGUGCAGAUCCCGAGGUUCAGUGGGUGAAGAAUCUCAUGGACAAAAUUGAUAUAAAACAAAAUAAAAGCACCGCCUGCUGGUCAAAGCUGUUAAUGCAGAAGGCCACAUCAGGAAAUGAAGAGAGUCUGGCAUCAUCACCAUCAGCAGUCAUGAUCUCCUGUUUUCUCCUGCUGGUUCUCACCUGUCUUCAGUCUUUCACAAUGGCCAACAAUGCGAGAGGACCAGAAGAAUGCUGUUUCACAUUUGCCAAGUAUCCAAUCCCUGUAGCAGUCAUUAAAGAUUACCGAGAAACAAGAUAUGACUGUACAUAUCCUGGAGUCAUUUUUUCCUUCUUUAAUGGUCGCAGGGUGUGUGCCAACCCCAGCUUGGCCUGGGUGAAACGAACCAUGAAAAAAAUCGAACGGCGUUUGUAUGAAAACUCAACUCGACCAGCGACUACUUUGUAAUUUAUUUUCUACGAAACACCUUUUACCAAUAGCUUGUUGCUUCGCCCAAUAGGUAUAAAGAUCAUCUUUAAUCAUCAACUUAAUCGAUGCAUAAUUGAUUUUGGUGUUAUAUUAUUGCUUUGAAAUGCCGGCUGUGGGCUUGAAUUCAUUUUCUAUUUUGCGACUUCAGUUGUAUUACUGGUUAUCGCAACGCUUCUGAUAAAUAAAUUCACAUUUUUGAAGAAAACAUUGU